AUGGCAAGGAUGAGGUGGGUACUUAGACUGAUUGUGGAUUACUCUAUACCACAAGAUCCAACAUAUUACAACAUGUAUGAUUUCAUUUACAUAGAUGAGAAAUGGUUCUACCUAACACAGACAAAUCAAAGAGUUUAUCUUGCAAACAAUGAACCAUUUUCACACAGAAGUGAUAAGUCAAGAACAAAAAUACCAAAGUUCAUGUUCAUGGACGUAGUAUCAAGGCCAAGGUGGGCUCAAGAUGGGCAGUGUGAAUUUGAUGGCAAAAUAGGAAUAUUUCCAUUCACAUAUUUUCAGUGGCAGCAAAGAGAACAUCAAAAAAACAUAGUGAAAGGGACAAUUGAGACAAAACUAGUGAAGUCAGUCAAUCAAAUAACAACCAGGGGAAUGCUUAUCAACACCUUAAUACCAACAAUAAAGGAAAAGUGGCCACCACAUGAUGGGGAAAAGGUGAUUUACAUAAUUCAAGACAAUGCAAAGGCACACAUGUUGCAAGAUGAUCCUGAAUGGCAAGAGCACUACCAACAAGAUAGGUUUACUUUUGUAUUGACUCAACAGCCAGCAAACAGUCCAGAUUGCAACAUAUUGGACUUGGGGUUUUUCAGGCCAAUACAAUCACUCAUGCACAAGAAAAUGCCCAAGACAGUGGAAGACUUAAGUGGAGCAGUUACUGAUUCUUUUAAUGAACUACAUCCAAAGACAUUGUCUAAUGUGUGGAUGACACUACAAUAUGUGGGGAAUGAAAUUCUGAAACACAAGGGAGACAAUAACUACCCACUUCCUCACAACAAAUAA